AUGAAGGAUACAGCCAUGGAAUUGACCGGCGUUCCGUCCAGCAAAAGUUGUGGUGGAGACAGCAACGAGGUAGAACCACAGAAUCCCACAAGCAUGAUGAUUAGCAAGCAACAAGAGCAUUAUUGGGAAGGAACUUCUGCCUGUGGUGCAAUCAUCAAUGGCAUCCCACCACCUCCAGACACAUUGUCAAUGAAGGAAGAACGGAAGCAAACGGUGGUGGUGGUGGGCAUCUUUAGCGGUGUGGCCGGUCUUCUUCUGGUCGGCCCGGUAGUUGGUGUCGUUGCGGGCUUCACUUGCGCUGUGGUGGCCAAGAAGAAAUGGAAGAAGAAGGAAAAGAAGGCAUUGGCCAAAUACCAGAAGGAGCUCGCGGAAAUGCUCUGUCCUCCCAUGCAACGAUACUAG